AUCAUCAAGAGCAAAAACACAAUGAAGACUGGUACAUAUAUUGUUCUUCUAAUCAGCCUGUUUGCUGUAGAGGUGAAAGGGCAGGCAAAGGCUAUAAAAGGCAGGUGUUUAUGUGCUGACAAAGGAGUGAACAUGGUUCUGCCAAAAAUGAUUGAGAAGGUUGAAAUUAUACCACCAAGUCCCUCUUGUGAAAACCAGGAGAUUGUUGUUACUCUGAAGAAUGGCACAGAGCGUAAAUGCCUAAAUCCAGAAUCUAAUUUCACUAAGAAUUACAUAAUGAAGGCUGUUAAACAGAGGAGCAAGCAGAAGGAGCAGCCUGCAAUAUGAAUGCAGAUUAGCUAUUGUUUGUGCAAUAGAAGAACACACUGAUAUCAGCAUCUUACAAUAAGCAACUGAGCAUCAUUCUUUUGAAAAGACAGACCAGAGAUUCACAUGAAAAAUAUUUUAUUAUCCAGUGUCCAUAAUGUAAAUAUUUCCAAAGCUGAUUAAUUAAAACUUAUCAUGGUUCACUGUUGUACAUUUUAAAGUAAGAUUUUUGAAAACAAAAUAUGCCUGAU